GGGCGGGGCUAAGAGCAACUGUGUCCACUCGGUUUAUUGGUCAGGCUUUUGGACUCCCAACGACGAGGGCAUCGUCUUUUUUGUACAUCUCACUUCCGUGUUUGCGCUAUCCUAACGAAAUACUUAAUCUUUUUCAUAAAACAUAAAAAUAAUCAAGUGUUGCCUGCCUAAGAUGGCUAUGGUAAAGAGUGGUUGGCUCCAUCGACAAAGUACCAUACUGCGUCGGUGGAAAAGAAACUGGUUUGAUUUGUGGGCUGAUGGACGGCUCGUGUUCUAUAAUAAUCAGCAACGGCGUGACAUGGAGGAUGACAUCCACAUGAGGGUCGACUGCAUUAACAUCCGCAACGCUGUUGCAUGUCAAGAGCUGAACCCUCCAGAGGGGAAGAUGCGUGAUGCCUUGCUUCAGAUAGUGUGCAGAGAUGGACGGGUCAUCAGCCUGUGUGCAGACAGCGCAGACGAUGCUCUGGCAUGGACCAUGGCACUUCAGGAUGCCAGAAUUAAUGCGGUGGUCGCUACACCUCAGAUCGGCUUUGCACAGGAAGUGAUAGCAUCUGCUCCUCCCCCCUACUCAGAAUAUGCUCCACCACCUCAGCAGGGUUAUGCCCUGGGACCGUAUGGAGAAUAUGUUGCACCUCCGCCACAUGCUACACAGAUUGUUUACUCUGCUGAUGGGCAGCCCUACGCUUAUCCUUAUCACUACCAAGGUGGGUACACCACUCCUGGAGUGAACCAUGUUGUUAUUCAACGCCAGCAUGAAGACCGAGGAGAUGUGGCUUUGGGCAUGCUCGCUGGAGCAGCAACUGGUUUGGCACUUGGCUCUCUCUUCUCUGUCUUCUGAUGUCUUCAUUAAUGUACAUUUAGUAGCAUAUACUCCCUAUGUGUUCUACACACACACACACACAGUAAAUACUGUUAGCACUUUCUCAUAUGCCCUGUGUGGCAGUUUCCCAUCCCCUUUGUGUUGAAUGAAUAUCUCAAUAUGAAUGUUCUUAACCAAAAAGUACAACAAUUACUCACUUUUCAAGAGUUAUUUAAAUGACAGGAAAUAAAUUACUCCUUUUGUGUACUGUAUAUUUCAGGUCCUUACUGUUUUUCAGGUUUGUUUCUGUUUCAUGGAGCACAUUUGUCCUUUUUAUAUUUUGCAGAAUUAUCUAAAUAGCCAUGACUUGGUGUUUGUUUUUUACAGGUUUUAUGUUCACUUCUGUGUACUGUACCUUUUACUUUGUCUCACAUGUGUUACUUGUCUGUUUUGGUUGGGAAUACGUAGUGUUUUUUCAGUUCCACAGGUUAUUUGUGGUGGAGGCAGGCUGAGAGUUGUGUGAAAGAGGAGUACACACACACACACACACACACACACACACACACACACACACACACACACACACACACACACACACACACACACACACACACACACACACACACACACACAGUAGCACUUUGAGGUUCCACCCGUUUGGUGGAUCCUGGUUGUGAUGGAUGUCUGUUUUCACCACCACAAAUAAUGUAUGAGGAAACACUAGCAUUUACACAAUGUGCUUUGAAGUGAAAAGGGACAUCACUCCUCCUAACUAAUAUUUGCAUGCUUUAUUUAUAAUUGAUAAUUGUUUUCAUUGGCAGCUGUUGAAUCAUACUUUCCAUUUCAUUUGAAAUGUUUGGAUUGAUAUUUCGGUUUUGAUUUCAGUAGCCUCAGUACGGUCCGCACAAAUGCAAAUCAGGCCAAUCAGCCUCUAGAGAUUCAGUUACAUUUCAAUUGGCCUAGGCUUUUGUUUUAAUUCCAAAUGACUUUGACGUUGUCAGAUUUUUCCAUUAUUCGUUUUCGUUAUGACUACAUUCAUUCACUUUGAAUAGCAACUUCUGCUACAUAGAAAACCUUUUUGGUCUGCUCUUCAAAUAUACUGCAUAUCAUUAUUAAUGGCCUUUGGAUGUUUAAGACUUUUUCCAAAUCAUUUCAGCAAAUGAUCAGCUUUGUGUAAGCAGCGUUACAUUAAUGUCAUUUUUCUACAGGUCUAAAAGAUGUAGAACAGUUAACUAAGAGAUGUAUUUUAACAUAUAUAAUCAAAAAUAAAGUUAAUGACUCCUGU